AGAGCGGCGUGCGGCGUGAGCCAUGAGCACCUCGGGGGCCCCCGACGGUGCCGGGGCGGCGGCGGCGGCGGCGGAGGCGCUGGCGGCGCUGAGGGCGGCCGUGCAGCCGGCGCUGCUGGUGUCGUGCGCCGUGCUGCUGUGCGCCGAGGCCUGCCGCCGGGCCCGGGCCGCCCGGGGGGUUGCGGUGGGCGGCCGCAGCCCGCCGGGCCCCUUCGCCUGGCCCCUAGUGGGCAACGCGCUGCAGCUGGGCCGCCUGCCCCACCUGGCCUUCGGCCGCAUGGCCCGCCGCUACGGCGACGUCUUCCAGCUCCGCCUGGGCCGCCGGCGCGUGGUGGUGCUCAACGGCGAGGGGGCGAUCCGCCGGGCGCUGGUGGGGCAGGGCGCUCGCUUCGCCGGGCGGCCCGACUUCCCCUCCUUUGGGCUGGUGUCGGGCGGGCGCAGCGUGGCCUUCGGGCAGCCCACGGCCCGCUGGCGGGCCCGCCGGCGCCUGGCCCACGCCGCCCUGCGGGCCUGCUCCACAGCGGACGCCCGGGGCCGGCAGGCGGUGGAGCGGCACGUGGCGGGCGAGGCGCAGGACCUCGUCCGGCUCUUCCUGCGGCUCAGCCGGGGCGGCGCCUACUUCGAGCCCUGCCCCCUCUUCGUGGUGGCCAACGCCAACGUGAUCUGCGCGCUGUGCUUCGGCCGCCGCUACAGCCACAGCGAUGGCGAGUUCCUGGCGCUGCUGGGCCGCAACGACCGCUUCGGGCAGACGGUGGGUGCGGGCAGCCUGGUGGACGUGCUGCCCUGGCUCCAGCACUUCCCCAACCCCGUGCGCAGCGUCUUCCGCGACUUCCAGGCCCUCAACCAGGAGCUGCACGGCUUCGUGUGCGAGAAGGUGGCGCAGCACCGCCGCACCUUCACGCCCGGCGUCAUCCGCGACGUCAGCGACGCCGUGAUUGCAGCAGCAGAGCACAGCGACAGGCCCCCCAGCGGGCUCGGCCCCGACGAUGUGGAGGGUGCCAUGACCGACAUCUUUGGCGCUGGGCAGGACACCACGUCCACAGCACUCUCCUGGAUCCUCCUGCUCUUGCUGAAGCACCCGCAGCUCCAGUGCGACCUCCAAGCCGAGCUGGACCGUGUGGUGGGGCGCACCAGGCUGCCCACGGCCGAGGACCGGCCCAGUCUGCCCCACCUGGAGGCCUUCAUCUACGAGACGCUGCGCUACAGCAGCUUUGUGCCCAUCACCAUCCCGCACGCCACCACGGCUGACGUGGAGCUGGAUGGCUUUCACAUCCCCAAGGACACCGUGGUCUUCAUCAACCAGUGGUCAGUCAACCAUGACUGUCGCAAGUGGCACGACCCCCAGCGCUUUGACCCCUCACGCUUCCUGGAUGCACAGCAGCACCUGGACCGCGACCGUGCCUGCAGCGUUAUGAUCUUCUCAGCCGGCCAACGGCGAUGCAUCGGCGACCAGCUCUCCAAGCUCCAGAUCUUCCUUUUCACCGCCAUCCUCCUCCACCAGUGCUCCUUCCACGCCAACCCAGCCGAGCACCUCACGAUGGACUGCAUCCAUGGGCUCGCGCUCAAGCCGAUGCCCUUCACCGUCACUGUGAAGCAGAGGCACCCCUCGCUGACCGACCCAUGAACUCCCCAUGCCUGGUGCCUGCAGAGCUCAGCCAAGCACUCGCCCUGCCUGCUGCACGUAGUGUGCACCCACCAUGGGGUGCCCUUGGGAAGGUGAGGGCAGGGGUGGCAGGUGGCUACUCCCUUGGCUGCGAGAGGGCAUCCGCUCGGCAGCGGGCAGCCCCAGGGGUCUGCGCUGGAGCCUGCUUUGCACACAGGUGCGUUCUUCUGUGAUGCUUCCCCACGCCUAUUUGUAAGGCGAGCAGUGAUUGCAGCGAUGCCCCGUAGCCAUUCAGCAAUAAAAGCCUUUGACACAG